CGGCACUAAAAAGAAUGAACAGUGAAGCAGAAAGGGCUAGCCACCACAUUUUAUAUCAAAGACAAGACAGUCAGAUAAGAGUAAGGAAGAGUUGGAAUUGAUGAUUGUGGAGUGGAAUUCAAGUAGUGGACUUGCAAAGAGAAGAACUGGGCAGAAGAGCAGGUGAUUGAAGGAGCAAGAGGAGGAGAGGAAGAGUAUGGGUCACUCCUCUGUGUGGAUCCUUCUGCUGUCACUUUCUCUGUCCCAUCAACAUGUCACAGCACAAGCUGAAGCAUGCAGGACUGUGGUUCAGGCCGACAUCGUCUUUCUGGUGGAUGAGUCAUGGAGUGUUGGCCAGGCCAGCUUCAGCAGUGUCAAGAACUUCAUCUCAGCCAUCAUCUCCUCCUUCAAGGGCAGUGUGGUGGGACCGGAAGGGGUCCGCUUUGGAGUCACCGUCUUUGGCGACAUCCCGCGGAUGAGGAUUGCUUUGACAGACUACAGCUCACUGGAGGAGGUGCUUAGAGCCAUCAGAGACCUCCCAUAUGAGGGUGGAUCCAGAAGGAUUGGUGAUGCCCUCCAAUUUCUGGUUGACCACGUGUUCAGCCCUGUCAUCAGUCCAGACCAUACCCCAAAGAUUGCUGUACUGAUCACGAACGGACCGUCAGACGACCAGGUCGAUGCCGCAGCCAGAGCGGUAGCUGACAAUGGGAUUUCUCUCUUUGCAGUAGGUGUUUGGGGAGCUGAUGAGUCAGAGCUGAGGAGAAUUGUCUCAGAGCCCCGCGAGGAGCACCUGUUGCUGGGCACCGACUACUCUCUGCUUGAAACUAUUCUUCCCAAAUUGUCCCGCAGAGUCUGCUUUACUGCCUCUGAGCCACCGCGUCCUGUGAAAACUUCCCAGCCUGUUGAAGAGCGUGUGGUGGGUCCCAGAGACCUGCAGGUUAGCGAGUUGGCUCACAGUUCACUCAGACUGACAUGGACCCAGGCCACAAGUGAUGUCACUGGAUAUCGUCUCCUGGUCACCCCUCUCAACUCCAAGGGACACCUCCUCUCCCUACAGCAGAGACAGAUUGAUUUGAAGGCAGAUGUGAGCACGACGGUGGUGACGGAGCUGAAUCCCAAAACAGACUAUUCCCUCACUCUCUAUGCCAUCUACCCCAGCCGCAUAGGAGAUUCUGCAACAAUCACCGUCCAGACAACUCCUUUGGCUCAGGUGUCAAACUUCCGUGUUAUUGAGGAGGGUCUGUUCUCUCUGCGCCUGGGCUGGACACCUCCCCUGGGGAAGAUCAACGGGUUCAAGAUCUUCAUCCCGAGAUCCAACCGACCAGGAUUCACUUAUGAGCACCUGCUUCCUGGAGACACCUCUUCUCAUGUGAUCGACAGCUUGGAAGAAGAUAAGAAGUACAUUAUCAGUAUUUAUGCUGUUUACCCGCAAGGACCAAGUGAACCGGUUUCAGUAGUGGGCAAGACAUUAAAGCUUGUACAAGUUGAGAAGUUCCUGGUCCAAAAUGCCACCACAGACACCGUCCAGGCGAGGUGGGCAUCAGUUAAGGGUGCCACAGGAUACCGUCUGACAUGGGAAUCCUCAGAUGGCCACAUAGAGAACAUAAACCUCGGGGACAACUUCAACUUUUACAUGAUCCAGGGCCUCAACGCAGGCACUGAGUAUACCAUCACCAUCAACCCCAUCUUUGGAGACACUGAGGGACCCGUCACCACCACCAAAGCUAAAACAUUGGAAAGCAGUGCAGUACAGACUUUGAAGGUGUCUGCUGUGAGCACCAGUGCUGCUGUCAUCUCAUGGAACAGUGUCCCAGGAGCCACGGGUUACAGACUGGCCUGGGGACCCACCCAAGAGUUUGUUGGUCGGGACCGUCCCAGGCAGUUGGCUCUGAACGGCAGCACUACAGAGUACCAGCUGAAGAAUGUGGCCCAUGACACUGAGUAUGUGCUCUCUCUCUAUGUGCUGUUUGGAUCUGUGGUUGGGCCUGGUAUCUCUGCAACCUUCAGAACGUCUCCACUGGGCUAUGUGUCCAACUUCAAGGUGACAUCCUACACCAGUACCUCCAUCGAUGUGGAGUGGAGUCCUAUUGUUGGAGCUACUGAGUACAAACUCUCCUGGAGCACAGGUGACGGCAGCCCUAAGUCCCAUUACCUGGACCGCAGUGUACUUUUCCAUCGAAUUGAAGAGCUGAACCCACAGUCCACAUACACAAUCACCAUCUGUGCAGUGUACGGCAACUCAGAGGGACCAGAAAUUUCCCUGUCUCAACUCACAGCUGCUGUCUCAGACUCAGGGCCAAUACAGGCAGUUAGGGAGGUGAAGGUUUUGGACAUCGGCGUCAACUCCUUCACCCUGUCCUGGAGGAAAACACCGGGGGCGUCUGGGUACAAAAUCACCUGGAUACCUUUCCUGGGGGGUGAUGAGAAGUUCCACGUGGUAUCUGCUGCUUCCACUACCUUCACCAUCCGCAAUCUGCGGGAGAGCUCGGCUUAUAAGAUCCAAGUGGCCUCCAUGGUGGGAAACAGGGAGGGAAGCCCAGUCCUGGUCACUGCACGCACCUUGGAUCUUCCAAAGGUGAAUGGCUUUGCUGCCCUAAACACGACAGACAGCAGCACUCUUCUCAACUGGACACGUGUUGCUGGCUCCUCUGGAUAUCUUCUCACUUGGAGGCACAUCUCAGUGUUGGAGACAAAAACAGAGACCCUGGGUCCUGGUGUCACCUCUUAUAAGAUCAGGGAUUUGCUGUAUGGAAGAACAUAUAUUUUUACCAUCAGACCAUUGUAUGGAGAAGUCGAGGGCCCAAUCAGCACGGUGUAUCAGAAAAUAUUGGGACCGGAUCCCCCGGUGGUAACAGUCAAAUCUGUGCCAGCUACAGUCACCCCUCAGAUCACGACUUCUUCCAACACCAAUGCUACAGACACUCAUAAAGCCAGCAAGACCACCCAGCACCCCAUUGCUGUGCCACCAACCAACUCCAUAACCACCAAGAAGCCUCAGGGUCAGCCAAGUGUCACUGCUGCCAAAGAGACAAGAGUCACCUCCCUCACGUCAAGUGCAGAGACAACUGCUCCACCGAGACCAGUGUGUGGUAAGGGCAAAGCAGACAUAGUGUUCUUGGUGGAUGAGUCCUCCAGCAUCGGGGCUAACAACUUUAUGAAGAUGAAAGACUUCAUAUUCCGGGUGGCCACUUACUUCCCUGUUGUUGGUCCUCAGGCCACACAGAUAGCCGUGGUUCAUUACAGCGACGAGCCUCGAAUUGAAUUCCGACUAAAUGACUUCAAAGACAGAAACUCUGUGCUGAGGGCGCUGAGAGCACUGCGUUAUGUUGGGGGCAACACCAGAACGGGAAAAGGCAUCAGCUACGUCCUGCAGGAACUGUUCCAGGAGUCUCUGGGCAUGAGGCAGGAUGUGGCCCAUGUUCUGGUUCUCAUCACAGAUGGCAGGGCCCAGGAUAAUGUCCAGCCACCCUCCAGAAUUGCACGUGCUCUGGGUGUCAGCGUCCUGGCAGUCGGAGUUUCCAAUGCAGACAUGGAGGAGCUGAAUAAGAUAGCAGCGCCCACCAGCUACAAAAAUAUCUUCUACUCACCAACCUUUGAUGACUUUCCUUCCAUAGAGAGAGAAUUUAUCAAAAGCAUCUGCAGUGAGGAACUCCUCUCCGAGUUCAAACUGAAUGAUGAGUUUGCUCAGUUGGACACCCCAACUGGAGACCCAGAGGAGCUGCUUAAGCCUGAGGGCCCCUGCCCCUCCAGUUGUGCGAAGGGCCAGAAAGGAGAAAAGGGAGAUGGUUUUGGUCUCGGCGGUCUGAGAUUUAGGCAAAGCCCUGGACAGUAUGAUCCGUUUACUUCUUCCAAAGGAGAGCCAGGAGAAAAGGGGCCUCCUGGAACAGAUGGUGUGCCUGGGUUGCCGGGACGACCGGGGAGAAGUGGACCCCCAGGUUCUGCCGGCCAACGGGGCCCUCCAGGCAUUCCAGGUGAUAUGGGUUUACCUGGACUCACUGGUCCAAAGGGACAGAGAGGAGAGAGAGGAGAGCCUGGAUAUGUAAUAGCUGGCGCGGAUGCAAAUUACGUUCCCGGACGAAAAGGAGAGCCAGGAUCUUCAGGGCCUCAAGGACCUCCUGGUGUCCCAGGUGUCAAUGGAUCUCCGGGCAUACCUGGCCAACCAGGACCAACCGGGUCACCAGGAAUAUCUGUCAAGGGAGAUCCUGGGGAACCUGGAGAAAAAGGUUUACGUGGGAAGCCGGGUGUGAAAGGAGACAAAGGAGAGUCAGGAAGAGAUGGUAUUGCAGGUUUGCCCGGUCCCAUUGGCAUUGAUGGCAUUCCAGGUUUACCAGGUCAGAAAGGAGAGAAGGGUGAAGAAGGAAUUGGUAUACAAGGUAUUCAGGGUCCUCGUGGAGAGCCAGGAGAGAAGGGAAAUACUGGCUUCACAGGACCAAUUGGCCCAAAGGGUGGUGUUGGAGAACAGGGCAUCCAAGGAAUCAUUGGACCUCGGGGGAAGAAAGGACUCAAAGGGGAUCAAGGAGACAGGGGAGAACAAGGAGAGACAGGACCGAUGGGACCACAAGGACCGAUAGGACUGACGGGGCCCUUGGGGUUAAAAGGAGAUGAAGGUCAGAGAGGAGCCCCUGGAGAUCCUGCCAAGGGUAUAAUUGGCCCAACUGGAAAAAAGGGUACAAGGGGGGACGUUGGUCCAGUCGGCCCUACAGGACCCCAGGGAAUAAAAGGGGAACAAGGAGACAAAGGAGAUAAGGGUAGUCCUGGUUUUGGGAUACCAGGACAGCGGGGACCUAAGGGUGAAAAUGGCGAGCGGGGAAAUGUGGGUUUGUCUGGAAAACCAGGACCAAAAGGGCAGGAUGGCUCUAAAGGUGACAAAGGGGGUCUUGGCUUACCCGGCAAUCCUGGAAAUCCAGGAUUAAGAGGUAAAGAUGGAGUGCCUGGAACUAAAGGAGACCAAGGACAUAAGGGUGAACAAGGGACCCCUGGAGAGCCUGGUGAUAGGGGAAUUAGGGGUCCACUGGGAUUACCAGGGCGACCAGGGGAUCCAGGAGAGAAAGGAGAUCCUGGAAAGCCUGGCCCACUAGGCACUGAUGGAAAGAAAGGCGACAAAGGCGAUCCGGGAAAACCUGGACCUCCGGGAGCGCAAAUUGUUGCAGACAAUAAUGUUCUGACAAGAGUGAUAAAGGGAGAACCAGGAGAGCCUGGUCAGCCUGGUUUGACAGGAGAAACAGGUCUGCCUGGACCAAGAGGUCCAGAAGGGAAACCUGGAUUACCAGGAUCAUCUCUGGGCGGUUCGGGUCUUGAUGGUUUACCAGGGAAACCAGGGUCAAAGGGUGACCAGGGACAAAAAGGAGAGCCUGGUCUGAAGGGAGAUAAAGGAGACCAAGGCCGGGUCGGGAUUGCUGGAAUGCCUGGUUUACCGGGAACUCCAGGGAGACCUGGCAUUGAUGGGAAGAGAGGCCUGCCAGCGAAAGAUGGAGAAAGUGGACCAAAGGGAGACAUCGGUGAAAAGGGGGACAAGGGCGAUCCAGGUGCCAAUGGUAAAGACGGCAGUAAGGGGGAACCGGGACCUCCAGGUUCACCUGGUAUGCAGGUGCUUGUCACUCCAGAGGGCGCCACCAUUGAUGAAAUCCGGCAAGCAUUUCCAAUCCCAAUGGGUCCUCCAGGAGCUACUGGUUCACCAGGAAUGAAGGGGGAUAGAGGAGAAACAGGCUUGAGAGGAGACAAGGGUGAUGCUGGAGCUCCUGGAAGGUCUAUUGAGAUGAAGGACAUUGAAGUGAUGUUUGAAGCCUAUGGCAUAAGGCUGCCGUUGCUGAAGGCUCUGAUUGACAGGCUGCUGCAGGAGGGACUAGAGGAGCUGCUUCAUGUGCUUGACAUCUCCAAGAAAACAAAUGAAAAGAAAGACAGUCAUACCUCUAACGUCAUCACUGAGUACACAAGUUCAGUGAACUUUGACCUCUCUAGACAGCAGUCGGAUGCCAAUGAGGACCCUGAUAUAGAGGUACAGCUUCCAGAGUCUCUGUCAGUUGACCCUUUGAAUGAAACUGCAGAGGGUCCUACGUUAUGGAACGUUACCACAAUGAACAGAGAGAGGAAGGUAAAGGGAUCCAGAGGGAAGGUGGUAGUGAAUGGGGACAAAGAUGGAGCAUCUUCUCUCAGAAUUAAUAUGACAGAAGUCAACUCUACGUUCAAUUAUACCACGACGCAGGAGACGGUUUCAGAGUUACCGGAAACUGUGGUGGAGACUGUUGUCCUCACACAGGAGGACUCUCUGAAGAAGAACUCAGGACAAAAGAAGAAGAACAGGGAACGUGGGAAGGGCAAAGGAAAUAAAGGAAGACAUAAGAGGCAGAGACAACGCCUGACAAGCGGAGAGGACAAGCGAGACGUGGAGGAAGAAGAGGAGUUUUAUAACAGCGAAGAAUACAUCUACGAAUACGAGGAAGAGCCUAACGCGGACAACACCUCGGGUUCUCAGGAGUGGAGAAACAACAGACAGGAGGGACAUCCUGCCCAGUUGGAAACCUCCAGUCAUCCUCCAACAUCCUCCUCAGACAGAGAAACAGAUACUACACUCAAUGUUGUCUUGGCAACCACACAGCCACUAUCUCAACCCACUGAUGCUAUAGAUGAGGAUGAAAAGUCACUGCCUUCACCUCCCAUCACGACAGAAGAACGAGACACGGUUCCUCGGUCCCAAAUCAGGGUGAAGAAAAACGCCCCCUGGCCUGACUCCAUGGCAUUCAUGCCAGGUGCCCCGGGUGGAAGAAAUCGUUUCAGGGAGACACAAAAACAUCUGUCCUCUGGAGCUCAGGGUGUUAGCAGCUGGAAUAGGAAGAAGGGAGAAACACAUACCUCAAGGCUGAGGCAAGAAUGGAGUGAGAGAGAGCGAUACAGUGAUACGGAAAGAGAGGUUUACACAGGAGGUGGAGAAGAGGAGCAGACUAAUGCUGAAGAAGUGGAAACAGGCACUGAUCCAGUCUAUGAGGAGGAGGAGAGGAGUGGAGACUAUGACUGGGAGACGGGGGAGGAUGUCGAUCGAGAGAGGGAAGGAGAGGAGGAGGACCUGGAGAGUCAGAGAGAGAAGGAGAGGUUGGAGAUGGAGAGGGAGAGGGAGGAACUGGAGAAAGAGAGGGAGGCUGAGCUGGAACUGGGGAGAGAAAGAGCGGAGAAGGGGGAGAGAGACUUGGAGAGGGAGAGGGAGGAGUGGGAGAGGAGGAGAGUGGAGAUGGAGAGAAUGGGACAAAGAGGUUACGAUGAGGAGACUGGACAGCCAUACCCAUACCCUCCAGAGUAUUUUUACCUAAAGGGGCAACAAGGUGAGAAUGGGAAACCAGGAAAAAAGGGUGAAAUUGGUGAAAAAGGACAGAAGGGAGAGCCAGGCAUCGGCCACAGAGGUCCAGAAGGCCAAGCAGGUCCUCCAGGACAGAAGGGUGAACCAGGUGAGUCGGGGCCUCCAGGUGCUCAGGGCAUCCAGGGUAUCCUUGGUAACGCAGGCAUCCAGGGCUCUCCAGGCCUGAGGGGCCCGCCAGGGGACCCAGGAGUGCCAGGCAGAGAGGGUGACCGAGGUAAAAGGGGGAAGAACGGAUCUCCUGGAGCCCCUGGACCUCGAGGGCAAGCAGGACCUCAAGGUCCUCCUGGUCUAGCUGGAGUGAAAGGAGAAAAGGGCGACAGUAUCCCUGGAGAGCCUGGUGCUCGGGGGCUGGCCGGCUUCCCAGGCAGAAGGGGUGAAACAGGCGUUCCAGGUGUUAAAGGAGUUCCUGGGCAUCUAGGUCCAAAAGGCUUGCGUGGCAGCAAAGGUGAAAAGGGGUCAAACGGAUUACCUGGAGUCAGAGGAGAGCGGGGGACCACACUUCAAAUCCAAGGACCCCGUGGAUUUAAGGGUUCCAAAGGAGACGCGGGCGAGCGAGGCCCACCAGGCUUUGACGGAGAUAAAGGAGAAAAGGGCGAGGACGGCCCUCCUGGAUAUAAGGGCCUGAAGGGCGAUGCAGGCACUAAAGGUGCACUGGGCCGGUUCGGAGCUCGAGGACCAGUCGGCCAGAAGGGAGACCCAGGAGAGCCCGGACUCAAUGGAGUGAUGGGCCGUAAUGGGGAUCAUGGAGUGGAUGGUGCCAAGGGGGACAAAGGAGAUAUUGGACUUGAAGGCCAAAAGGGGGAUCAGGGUGAUCGCGGAGAAUCAGGUUUACCAGGAGACAAAGGGGAGAAGGGAGAGAAGGGUUUCAGAGGCUUAACUGGACACAUUGGGAGUCCAGGCCUGGAUGGAGAAAAGGGAGAUAUGGGGAUUCCCGGCAGCGCUGGCAUACCUGGAUUGAAUGGACUCACCGGGCGCAAAGGUGAUAAAGGACAGGGAGGCAUCAACGGUGUUGAUGGUCAGCAAGGAGUGAAAGGGGAAAAGGGUGCAGCAGGUUUCCCAGGCUUCCCAGGGUUCAAGGGAUCAGCAGGGAAUCCAGGAAGGGAUGGAGAUGAUGGACCACCUGGACUCCCAGGACCCCGCGGGAACACGGGGUCUAAGGGCGAGAGAGGACGGAGGGGCAGAUCGAAGCCAUGUCAGGGGGGAACGCCUGGGAACCCUGGGCUCAGAGGAGAGAGUGGUACAGUGGGUAAUGAAGGAGAAAAAGGGGAGAAAGGGGAGCCUGGACUCUCUGCUGAAGAAGUGAAGGAGCUGGUCACCCAGGAGGUGGUGGGAAAGUGUGGGUUGGAGUACAAGUUCAUGGUGAAGUCUGUGGAUCCGGAUGGAACGACGUCAGUGACUGAGAGGAAAAUAAAUGAGCCAGACGAUGAGGUGCCACCCCGCAACCGCGACCUCCAGGAAGGAGGUGACGAAGAACAUGGAGACAAAGUGGGAGAAGUGACCACUCCUGCACCUCUGAUCCUCGAGGAAAUGGGGAUCCGACCAAACAGCACUGAUUUUCUUGAUGGCGGGACUGAGGGGUGGGGACGGAGGAAGAAAAGAAGGGUGUUUGGAACAAACAGUGCUGACCGCUGCCUGGAGCCGAUGUCGGAGGGCACCUGUUCAGAAUACGUCCUGCUGUGGUACUUCCACCCUCGCUCAGGCGAAUGCAGACCGUUUGUGUACGGGGGCUGUGGUGGCAACAGAAACAAAUUCUCCUCAAGACAGGAGUGCCAGAGCUGGUGCGGGAUGGAGAGAAGUGGUCGGGGCUACCAGUCAGGUCACAGAUGAAAUAUAUGUAGUGACAGCUAAUCAGAGAAGCAUUUGUAUUGUUGUACAGUAUGAAUGUAUGUAUAUGCACGAAACCCUGAAGGUGGAACAAGCAAACGCCAAAAAAAAGGAACUACUUUUUGUACAUAACUAUGUAAAAUGUUGAAUAUCUGAUUUAUUUAUAGAGUUUAACAGCUGUUUCUUCAUUUGUUUUUAUGUGUUCUGGAUCUUAAUGUGAAUGAUAAAAAAACAGGAUCAUUUUGUAAUUUCUAUAAAUAUAUUGUGACUGUG